AUGGCCGCCUUUGCGGAUGAUUUAUUGCUCCUGAUGACAAACCCUGAAGAAGCUCUACCGGAGGUUAUGCAGGAGAGUCAGAAUGUGGGUAAUGGUACAAACAGCAGCAGCAUCAAUCAUCUGGACAAUACUCCUACUGUAAAGAUUCUGCCCUCUACUCCUCUUCCUCAAGAAGGACAACAACUCAUUUUAACAUGUGAAUCUAAAGGAAAACCUCUGCCAGAACCAGUAUUAUGGACAAAGGAUGGUGGAGAGCUUCCAGAUCCAGACAGGAUGGUCGUGAGUGGACGUGAACUAACAAUAACUUUCCUGAACAAAACGGACAAUGGAACAUAUCGAUGUGAAGCAACCAACUCCAUUGGUAAAAACAGUGCAGAAUACAUCUUGAUAAUAAACGAGUCUUUAUUUACAACCACAAUCAUCCCCCUUUUCACCACUGCAACAGUCAAAACCUCUGUUACCAUAACACCCCGUUCAAAAUCAUCCGUCUCUGGCACUGAAGAUCCCAACGCAUAUCCUGGUCAAGCAGCAACUGACCACGCUCUUAUAGGAGGGAUAGUAGCAGUAGUCGUUUUUGUCACAUUAUGUUCAAUUAUAUUGCUUGGGCGAUACUUGGCAAGACAUAAAGGGACAUAUUUAACAAAUGAAGCAAAAGGAGCUGAAGAUGCCCCCGAUGCAGACACAGCCAUUAUCAAUGCAGAAGGCAGCCAAGUGAAUGCAGAAGAGAAGAAGGAAUAUUUCAUUUAAAUGCAAACCUGGUUACUACGAGUUUUACUUAUCAGGCUGACUGCUGGAAAAAAAAAACUGGCUAUCUUUUUUUCUUCUUUUUUUUCUUUCUGAAAUUCAUUCCCACCAUUUUCCGCUCCAUUUUAUUAACUCCUGCUAUCAAUAGCCAGCUUAUGCCAACAAUCAGCUGUUGACAGCAUCAUACCCUAAUUGCAUUUCAUAAUGCAGGACUUUUCUGACUGCAGAAAUCAUAUGAAAAAUAAUAAAAAAACAUGUACAUUGUUUUGUUAAAAAUCCGAUCAUACAGUGCUUGAAUAUACAGCCUUAACAAUUUUGUUCUUUAUUUUUCUCAUUGUUACACAGCAAGCAUUAUUUUUUUAUGUUUACACAAAGAACUUCCAGGCUGCCCUUUUGUAUAUCCCUCCAGCACACAUACAAGUACAUAAAUACACAAAAAUGUAUUAUAGUCCAUGUUAUUGAACCUAUCGGCAGUUCCAUGAUUACUAUAUUCCGUACUGACCCACAUAUAGACGCCCAUUAAUGUCCUUUAGGAUAUUGAGCAACAGCGUCCCAUGUGGCUGGGUGCGGUAUUACAAAAUAGUCUGCAAUAAUCUGGGCUGCAUGAAUAAAGACCUGAUUGGAAUCAAUUGAAUAACUUACACUUAAGGAUCAAUACUAUUUUCUACCUUUCAUUAUGACUGGAUGAUUUCUUUUAAUAGUGAUGUACAAAUGACCUGAACAUACAUUGAGUAUACAGAUAGGCUUUAAUAACAGUCAGGGCAAAGUAAUGUAUGGCAUUGAAUACAAUGGACACGCUCAAUGUAGGCUUAAACAAUACAAAGUCAAUUAUACUUAUAGGGAAUGUUCACCCAUGGAUACCAUUUCGUUUUUUUUUGCCUAAAUAGGCUUAAAAUAUUGUGCUGAUUAACCUCUUAGCAGAGCUCUAAAACUCCAGCAUUGACAUAAAUUUGAAAAGUAAUAUUCUGUUUCCCUGCAUUCACCACUAGAGGGAGCUUAGGAGUUUACUGCAUACUGUUUAUACAUUGAAUUCAAUAUUAAAACAGUAUAUGGCAAGUUCCUGAGCUCCCCUUGUUGGAGACUACAGGCAGCCAGCAUGUCAGCUUUAAAUCUGUGUCCAUGAAUGACGAUUGUGUGCUAUGUCAGAAAAAAAGGAGAGCUCCAAAUACAAUAAAGAUAUGCUAAGAAAAAAUAAGCACAUCAUUUUACCUAAAAUGACUUGAUAUUAAAAAGUGGAGAUUCAUUUUAAGCCCAUGGCAUAUUAAAUAGUACUUCCAUGUGUUUUUGUCUAUAUUAUGUUUUACUUUCUCCCCCAUACCACUAUUUUUUUUUAUGAA